AUGAAAACUAUUCUUUUGCAUCAAACUGUUAUGUUUUUGGCUGCGAAUCCACUCAAUGAUCCAGAGGCUCUGCUGAAAAGAUGCCACGAUUUUAUGGAGGAAGCUCAGAACCGUUUUGAGUUAGCUACCAUAGAAAAAGCAGCCAGAUUAAUACUGGAGUUGGCUGACAUUGUUGGCAAAAGUGGUAACAAUGAUAACAUAACCGAAAUGGCUGUGAAUGUAGCAGAAGAUGUGAUCAAGCGUGUUGAGUCUGUUAGACGUCGACCAAUAUCCACAACAUCACAACUGCUCAACCAUCUAUCUGCACAGUGCGGAUUCGUGAAAUGUGAAGAAAAAUGGAACGUACCAGUGGACAAAACAGCGUUGGCCCGCCUUCUGAAUCGACUUGUGGCCCGUGGUCAUUUCUCUGAUAAUAGUGCCUUAAUUAAACAUUAUUUUAACAGUACGCUUUGA